CGGGCUCGCGCUUCAGUCAAGUCAAGCUGCCUCGCUGCGGUGCUCGUGCUCGUGACUUUUUGGACUUUUGGCCUUUUGCCCCCCGGAGGCGUCAUGCACGCGCGCUGCCUGCUGCUCGCCCUCCUGCUGCGAGCGACCACCACGGAGUCGUCGGGCGCGUUCGAGCUGAAGAUCGAGUCGUUGACGGGCACGAGUGCGCGCGCGCUCUGCGGGCCGCCGUCGCGCGCGUGCCACCUCUUCUUCCGCGUGUGCCUCAAGCACGCGCAGGACGUCAUCGACCCCGAGCCGCCGUGCACGUACGGGACCGCGCUCACCGAGAUCCCGGCCGCCGACCCGGACUCCGUCGCCGGGAGCGCGCCCGUCAGGGUGCCCUUCCACUUCAAGUGGCCGGGAACCUUCUCUCUGAUCCUGGAGGCCUGGUCCGCCGAGUCGUCCGGACUGGACUCCGCAGAGAACCAGAACAACCUGAUCAGCCGCCUGGCGACACGGCGGCAACUGCGCGUGGGCGAGGAUUGGUCGCAGGACGUCCACUUCGGCGAGCGCGGCAGCGUGCGUUACUCGUACCGCGCGGUGUGCGACCAGCACUAUCACGGCGACGCCUGCGCCGCGUACUGCCGCCCCAGAAACGACACCUUCGGCCACUACAGCUGCCAGCGAGACGGGCGACGCCGGUGCCUGGACGGGUGGGCGGGCGACUACUGCGCGCAGCCCGUCUGCGCUUCAGGCUGCAGCGCCGAGCACGGCUUCUGCGAGGCGCCCGGCGAGUGCGCGUGUCGGCAGGGCUGGCGGGGCGAGCGCUGCGACCGGUGCGCGCGACACCCCGGAUGCGUGCACGGAACCUGCCGGCAGCCGUGGCAGUGCGACUGCGAGGAGGGUUGGGGUGGACUCUACUGCGACCAGGACCUUAACUACUGCACCAACCACAAGCCGUGCCAGAACGGGGCGUCGUGCACCAACACGGGCCAGGGCAGCUACACCUGCGCCUGCAGGCCGGGAUUCAGCGGAAACAACUGCGAGCGGGAGAACAACCUGUGCGACAGCGCCCCCUGCAGAAACGGAGGCAGCUGUAAGAAUGUGGCGGACGGCCACGCGUGCGUGUGUCCUCGGGGCUUCUCCGGGCCCGACUGCGGGACCGGCGCCGUCCUGACGUGCGCCGACGAGCCGUGCUUCAACCGCGGCCUGUGCGUGACGGCCGCGGGCGGCGGGGGGUACACGUGCCGGUGCCCGCCCGGGUACGCCGGCUCCAACUGCGAGAUGAAGGACAACCGAUGCAGCGGCGACCCCUGCGCCAACGGCGGCGAGUGCGUGGACUCGGGGGGCGCGGUUUGCCGCUGUCGUCCGGGCUUCGCGGGCCCUCGCUGCGAGACCAAUGUGGACGACUGCGCCAGCAACCCGUGCCGCAACGCCGGCACUUGCGCGGACGGAGUGGCCGACUUCAAGUGCACGUGCACGCUGGGCUUUGCGGGCAAGGACUGCUCGUUGCGCGCCAGCCCCUGCGACCGCUUCCCGUGCCACAACGGCGGCCACUGCUUCGCCCACUUCUCCGGGCCCGUGUGCCAGUGCCCGCUGGGAUUCAUGGGGGCGCGCUGCGAGUACGGCGUCGAGCCCGAGUCGGCCACGCCGUCUGCGCGGCCUCCCCGGGACCCCUUCCCCGCCGCGCUGGCUGCCGCCUGUGUGUUGGGCACGGUGACGUUGAGCCUCCUGGUGGCCGCCGCCGUCUUCGUCCUGCGGCAACUGCGGCGGGGCAACGAGUUGGCGGCCAUGUCGACGUCUGUCAAGAACGACCUGGAGGCCGUCAACAACCGACCGGCGGCCAAGGAGAGCUUCCUCCUGCCCGGGGGACACGUCAAAAUGUCCAAUAAGGACGCGGCGCUGGGUGGGGGCGGAGCCGGCCGCGGGGCUAUCUUCAAAAACAAAAUGGCGACCGACUGCAACCUGACCAAGGAGCAACACAAGUUUGACAGACUGAAGUGCGACUCGUCCACGCCAGCUCGUUCGGUGAGUUCGGUUCAAGAUGUCCGCUAUCAACCCGUCUUCGUCGUCCCCGAGCAGCUGGAACGCUGCGUCUUCGCCACUGAGGUUUGAUCUCCAGUCUCCAGAGUUUCCCGCGACUGAAAUCAACUUUAUUUCUUUUCUUUUUUUUUUUUUUUUUUUCCAUUUUCAAAUGUUUUUAUUUAUCGCUGCUGCUCAGCAGACACAAAAAGGGGAUGUGUUGUUUUUUUUUUUUUUUUUUCAUAUCUAUUUUCUCCCUGGAAAGAGAAAAAGCAGCAGAGGAAGAAAGCAAAGAUGGACUGUUUGGCAUCAUUUGCACUUUUUUUUCAUCACCGUAUUUGGCCGACGACGGCGAUGAUGGGAACGUGCGCGAACGAGGACGAGGCCUUCGACCUCAUCGUCGCUCGCCGGCGACCAGUCGGACGAACGAGCACGCGAACGGACAACCGGGCAAACAAGUGCCGACGCGUUUGGGACUGCUUUCGUUCCGCUUUGCCUUCAUCAUCUUCAUCGUCUCUCGUCGUCAUCAUCUUCGUCGUGUUUUGAUACCAAAAAAAAUGUGCGUCGUGUCUUUUUGUGUGUGUUAAUUUAAGACCAUACAAAUGUGUACAGUUUUAUUUAAUUUGUACAUAAACGUCUUCAUAUUUUUAUAUUUAACAAACGCAAUCAAGAAAUAUAUUUUCCUAAAUAAAUGACCAAAUCAAA